GGCAAUCAAGUUUGCCAGAAAAAUGGAGGGCAUGGAAUAUCUCUACGUUCCUGGCCUUCCAGAACUUGUACCACUUGAAAUCGGCCUCACACUUAUGGCAAACAAGGGUCCCAGCUCACCCAACAUAAUCGAGCUGCUGGAUUGGCAGGACUUUCCAGACCAUUAUAUAAUGGUCCUGCAGCGCCCUUCACCAUGCCUGAGUGUGUUCAAGCUGUUGGAGAGCUGUGGCAACAUCUUUGAAGAAAGGUUUGCUCGGUAUGUGAUGCGCCAGGUUAUCGAGGCAGCUGAGACCUGCUGCCGGCGCGGAGUAUUCCACAGAGAUAUAAAAUUGGAGAACUUGAUAGUCAACACACACACCAUGGAUGUCACACUGAUUGACUUCGGCUGUGGGAACCUGUUCCACGAAACAGAGUACCACACUUUUAGUGGUAUGUACAGUAUUAAAACUUUAGUGUCAUGACACACAAGCUGCUGAAUACAGUAAAAACAAACUGUUGUAACUCAGACAUGCAAAUCUCUUUCCUCCAGGCACAGAGAUGUACUGCCCUCCAGAGUUUUUUGAAACGGGCAAAUACUUGGCACGGCCAGCAACUGUGUAUU